AUGGCCGCUUUACAAGCUUCCUCUCUUUUAGUUUCUUCUUCUUCUUCUUCUUCUUCCUCCUCCUCUUCAGGUUGUUCUUCAAAGCGAACGGUCACUGCUUCGAUCCAACUCCUGAAACCUUUGAAACUCAGCCUCACUAAUCAGCCAAGCACUGUGAUCACGAAGAAGCUAGUCGAGGAAUUGAGCACCAGAAAUGGUUCUGCCUUUGCGGAGCCGCUACAAAUGGACGUAGCCCAGAAAGAUAGGGUUUUAGAGCCACGCCUAUCACCUACUUCUUCUAUUGAGACAACCACGAAGCUCUAUACGAUGUUGGAGGCUGUCGAAGAUAGAGUGGAGAUGCAUGAUAACAUAGGCGAGCAGCGAGACAACUGGAAUAGGCUCCUUUUGAACUCGGUCAAUAUGAUGACUCUCACUGCCACCACCACGGCAGCGGUGGCUGCGGCUACACAAGCUCCAUGGUUGAGAGCAUGCUCCGCUCUCUUGUUUACAGCGGUCACUGGGAUGUCACUUGUAAUGAGCAAAAUCCAACCCUCGCAGCUGGCUGAAGAGCAACGCAACGCCUCAAGGUUAUUCAAGCAACUCCAGAGCGAGAUCAAGUCGAUGCUCGCCCUCCAAUCCCCGACUGAAUCAGACGUGAAGGAGACGAUGGAGAAGGUGCUGGCCCUCGACAGGGCUUAUCCAUUGCCUCUGCUCGGAGCGAUGCUCGAGAAGUUCCCCACGAAAUUUGAGCCCGCUGCAUGGUGGCCUAGGGUUUCCAACAACCACCGCCAAUCCCGAGAGUGCAAAACUGUCACGAACACAGAGCGAAACGGAUGGAGCAAGGAGAUGGAAGUGGAGAUGAGAGCCAUUGUCCAAGUCCUCAAGAGCAAAGACAAGCAAGACUACUUAAGGCUCGGGAAUUUGGUCCUAAAACUGAAUAAGAUGAUGGCGGUUUCCGCUCCUUUGCUAGCCGGCAUGGCUGCGGCUGGCUCAGCGUUUGGUGGCUCGACAGCCAUGACAGUGGCAGCCAUUGCCGGUGCAAUGGUGGCUAUCAUCAACGGCUUCGAGCACGGAGGUCAAGUCGGUAUGGUCGUGGAGAUGUACAGAAACUGUGCAGGGUUCUUCGAUCUUAUGGAAGAGACCAUCGAAGCGACGCUAGAAGAGAGCGACUACAGCAAGAGAGAGAACGGAGAGAUGUUCGAGAUGAAGGUGGCGAUGAAGCUGGGGCGGAGCUUGUCACAGCUUCGAGAUUUAGCAAGAAAAUCAAUGGCUUCUUUUAUAGAAGGGAAUGAGGUGGAUGAGUUUGGAAGCAAGCUUUUCUGA